CAAUGAUCCAUGUGCUAAGGCAGGGUCGCCUACCUAAUACCCAAUGUGUGCUGUUGGUUCAAUCAAGAUCGCUUUUCAAGAAUUUCAAGAAGAUUGUGAAAAAAAUCGAUUUUGAAGAGAAAGAUACUAAACAUCAUGAAUAUUCAAUUAGACCAGAUACUUUUGCAUUCAAAGUAUCUGCAGCCAAUGAAAAGAAUAGAUCCUUGCUUCAGCAUUCGAAUCCAGAUAAACCAGUGGCCCCUAUACCGAAACACCCUUUGCAAAAAGAUUCAAAUACUGAAUUCAAUAAUUUUAAUUUGGUGGAUUUUGUUUAUAAAAACAGUACUAAUUAUCCAUUUGAAAAUAAAACUCCCCAAGAAGUGUUCAAUACAUAUCCAUCAACCAACUCGGCAAAAUUAGCUCGUUUCAAAACCAGACCUAAAAAGUCAAAAAUGUUGGUUUCUGACUUUAUUGAAGAUUCUUUAUAUAACCCCCAUUAUGGAUACUUUUCAAGAGAAGUUGAAAUUUUCCACCCGGAUAAACCUUUUGAUUAUCAAAAUAUUGCAGACGUUGAUGACUUCAUGGAAAACUGGAAACAAGCUUAUAGUAAGUAUGAUGAAGGAAAUCUGAAAAAUCAAGAACCCAAGGAAAAAUUUCAAGCGUCCCAAGAAGAAAAUGUUGAUAAAAUAAAAUCAAAGUUUGCCAGACAUGCUAAAAAGAUUCAAAAAGACGAUUUGAUUGCAACAAAAUCCCAUUCUGGAAACACAAAUCGCAGAUCUUUACAAUUAUGGCAUACUCCAACUGAACUUUUCCAACCUUAUUAUGGAGAAAGUUUAGCGCGUUAUAUCUUAGUCAAUUAUAAAUUGAAUGGUAAUUACCCUUACAACGACUUAAUAAUCUAUGAAAUGGGUGGUGGGAAUGGUACACUCAUGUGUAAUAUACUUAAUUUCAUCAAGGAAAAUGAACCGGAUAUAUAUUUGAGAACGCAAUACAAAAUUAUCGAAAUUUCAAGUCAAUUGGCCAUGAAACAAUUUAAAAGUGCAAUGUCAAGUAAAUUAGUUGAACAAGGUCUUGAUGAACUGAAAUUAGAGAUUAUUAACAAGUCUAUAUUCAAUUGGGAUAAAAUUGUGGAAGAUCCUUGUUUUUUCAUUGCAUUGGAAGUUUUCGAUAAUUUCUCUCACGACUUGAUUCGUUACGAUAAUGCAACCGGUUUACCUCAUCAAGGUCAUGUACUUAUUGAUGAUCAAGGUGAUUUUUAUGAAUUUUUCACUCCUGAAUUAAGUUACUAUUCAAAUGCUUUUUUACAAUUACGUGAAAAUGGUCAAUAUCCAAUUUUAAGAAAUUCAAGUAGUUGGCUAAAUAAAUUACAAACUUAUAAAAGUUUAAUUCCUUUUAUAGAUAAAUCAGAUAUUCAUCCCUUAAAUUAUUCAUCCUCCAAAUUGAAAUGGCAAAAUUCAUUAGUACCUUUUAAAGAUGAUUUAACACCAGGUGAAUUUAUUCCGACCCGUCUUCUUCAAUUUUUUCAAAUUUUAAAACAUCGUUUCCCCCACCAUUCCCUAAUUUGUUCUGAUUUCAACACUUUACCUAAAACUAUUGGUGAUAAUUACUACAAUGCUCCCGUUGUUCAAACUGUUAUACAAGAUAGAAUGGUAGAUGUUUCCACUUACAUGUGUCAUCAGGGUUAUUUUGAUAUUAUGUUCCCAACUGAUUUUGAAUUAGCGAGUGAUUUGUAUAAACAAGUUACUGGGAAAGUUUCAAGAGUUGAAAGUCAUCAUGACUUUUUAGAUCAAUGGGCUGAUUUAGAAAUGACAACGACCAAAAAAAAUGAAAAUCCAAUGUUAGAUUUUUAUAGAAAUGUUAGCUUUAUGGUUAGUUAA